ACAGCAGCACCUACAACUACUGCUGCUCUGACAUCGGUGCCACUUACAACUACUGCUACACCUACAACUACUGCUGCACCUACAACUGCAGCACCUACUACUGUUGCAACAACAGCAGCACCUACAACUACUACUGCUCUGACAACGGUGCAACCUACAACUACUGCUGCACCUACAACUGCAGCACACCACCUACAACUACUGCUGCUACGACAACGGUCAGCCCCUACAACUACUGCUUCACCUACAACUACUGUUGCACCUACGACAGCAGCACCUACUACUAUUGCAACAACAACAGCAACACCUACAACUACUGCUGCUCCGACAACGGUGCAACCUACAACUACUGCUUCACCUUCAACUACUGCUGCACCUACAACAGCAGCACAUACUACGGUUGCAACAACAACAGUAGAACCUACAACUACUGCUGCUCUGACAACGGUGCAACCUACAACUACAGUUACACCUACAACUGCAGCCCCUACUACUGUUGCAACAACAACAGCAGCACCUACAACUACUCCUACUCCGACAACGGUGCAACCUACAACUACUGCUACACCUACAACUGCAGCCCCUACUACUGUUGCAACAACAACAGCAGCACCUACAACUACUGCUGCUCCGACAACGGUGCAACCUACAACUACUGCUUCACCUACAACUACUGUUGCACCUACGACAGCAGCACCUACUACUGUUGCAACAACAACAGCAACACCUACAACUACUCCUACUCCGACAACAGUGCAACCUACAACUACUGCUUCACCUACAACUGCAGGCCCGACUACUGUUCAGCACCUACAACUACUGCUGCUCCGACAACACAGCACCUACAACUACUGCUGCUCAGACAACGGUGCAACCUACAACUACUGCUUCACCUACAACUACUGUUGCACCUACGACAGCAGCACCUACUACUGUUGCAACAACAACAUCAGCACCUACAACUACUGCUGCUCCGACAACGGUGCAACAAACAACUACAGCUACACCUACAACAGCAGCACCUACAACUACUGCUGCUCCGACAACGGUGCAACCUACAACUACAGCUACACCUACAACAGCAGCACCUACAACUACUGCUUCACCUUCAACUACUGCUGCACCUACAACAGCAGCACAUACUACGGUUGCAACAACAACAGUAGAACCUACAACUACUGCUGCUCCGACAAUGCUUCACCUACAACUGCAGCCCCUACUACUGUCGUAACAACAACAGCAGCACCAAUAACUACUGCUGCUCUGACAACAGUGCAACCUACAACUACUGCUGCACCUACAACUACUGCUGCACCUACAACUGCAGCACAUACAACUACUGCUAAUCCGACAACGGUGCAACCUACAACUACUGCUACACCUACAACUGCAGCCCCUACUACUGUUGCACUUCACCUACAACUGCAGCCCCUACUACUGUCCAGCCCCUACAACUACUGCUGCUACGACAACGGUGCAACCUACAACUACUGCUUCACCUACAACUACUGUUGCACCUACGACAGCAGCACCUACUACUGUUGCAACAACAACAGCAACACCUACAACUACUGCUGCUCCGACAACGGUGCAACCUACAACUACAGCUUCACCUACAACUGCAGCCCCUACUACUGUCGUAACAACAACAGCAGCACCAACAACUACUCCUACUCCGACAACAGUGCAACCUACAACUACUGCUUCACCUACAACUGCAGCAGCCCCUACAACUACUCCUGCUCCGACAACGGUGCAACCUACAACUACUGCUUCACCUACAACUACUGUUGCACCUACGACAGCAGCACCUUCUACUGUUGCAACAACAACAGUAGAACCUACAACUACUGCUGCUCCGACAACGGUGCAACCUACAACUACAGCUACACCUUCAACUACUGCUGCACCUACAACAGCAGCACAUACUACGGUUGCAACAACAACAGUAGAACCUACAACUACUGCUGCUCCGACAACGCAGCACAUACUACGGUUGCAACAACAACAGUAGAACCUACAACUACAGUUACACCUACAACUGCAGCCCCUACUACUGUUGCAACAACAACAGCAGCACCUACAACUACUGCUGCUCCGACAACGGUCAGCACUUACAACUACUGCUGCUCUGACAACAGUGCAACCUACAACUACUGCUUCACCUACAACUGCAGACCCUACUACUGUUGCAACAACAACAGCAGCACCUACAACUACUGCUGCUCAGACAACGGUGCAACCUACAACUACUGCUUCACCUACAACUACGGUUGCACCUACGACAGCAGCACCUACUACUGUUGCAACAACAACAGCAACACCUACAACUACUGCUGCUCCGACAACGGUGCAACCUACAACUACAGCUACACCUUCAACUACUGCUGCACCUACAACAGCAGCACAUAUUACGGUUGCAACAACAACAGUAGAACCUACAACUACUGCUGCUCCGACAACGUUGCAACAGCUGCAUCUACUACUGUUUCUCCAACAACGGUGCCACCUGCAACCACACCAUCCACAGCAACAACACCUGCAGAACCCACUUAUAUUCUCUCAGCAGAAUUUAAAGAAGUGGCUUUUUCACCUGCCCUCACUGACUCCAACAGCGAUGAAUACAAAGCACUUGAAACAGCAGCUCUAAAUCCGUGCAACAAGAAAUACAGAAGCAAGUUUCCAAACACGUUUUCCCACUGCAUUUUGAAAAACUUCAGUGCCUUAAAUCCACCAAAAGACAACGAAACUCAAGCAACUGUGGGGAUUGUGUUCCAUGGGACUACUGCCAUCACAGAUCUCCCACAGAAUGAUGUUGUUGCUCAAACCUUAGUAGAAGCUCUGAAUAAUUCCACCAAUAGUCCGAACCUGAGCAUUAACCCUGCUUCAGUCAAAGUAUUAUCAAGUCCAGUUCCAGAUCAGAUUACGACUGCUCCACCUACAACCACACCAUCCACAGCAACAACACCUGCAGAACCCACUUAUAUUCUCUCAGCAGAAUUUAAAGAAGUGGCUUUUUCACCUGCCCUCACUGACUCCAACAGCGAUGAAUACAAAGCACUUGAAACAGCAGCUCUAAAUGCGUGCAACAAGAAAUACAGAAGCUUGUUUCCAAACACGUUUUCCCACUGCAUUUUGAAAAACUUCAGUGCCUUAAAUCCACCAAAAGACAACGAAACUCAAGCAACUGUGGGGAUUGUGUUCCAUGGGACUACUGCCAUCACAGAUCUCCCACAGAAUGAUGUUGUUGCUCAAACCUUAGUAGAAGCUCUGAAUAAUUCCACCAAUAGUCCUAACCUGAGCAUUAACCCUACUUCAGUCAAAGUAUUAUCAAGUCCAGUUCCAGAUCAGAUUACGACUGCUCCACCUACAACCACACCAUCCACAGCAACAACACCUGCAGAACCCACUUAUAUUCUCUCAGCAGAAUUUAAAGAAGUGGCUUUUUCACCUGCCCUCACUGACUCCAACAGCAAUGAAUACAAAGCACUUGAAACAGCAGCUCUAAAUGCGUGCAACAAGAAAUACAGAAGCUUGUUUCCAAACACGUUUUCCCUCUGCAUUUUUAAAAACUUCAGUGCCUUAAAUCCACCAAAAGACAACGAAACUCAAGCAACUGUGGGGAUUGUGUUCCAUGGGACUACUGCCAUCACAGAUCUCCCACAGAAUGAUGUUGUUGCUCAAACCUUAGUAGAAGCUCUGAAUAAUUUCACCAAUAGUCCGAACCUGAGCAUUAAUCCUGCUUCAGUCAAAGUGUUAGAAAGUCCAGUUCCAGAUCCGAUUACGACUGAUGCACCAGCAACCACACCAGCUGCAGCAGCAACAAACACAGCAGCCCCGGAUUAUAAUUACGUUCUAGACAUUCAAUUGAUAGGAGAAGCUUUUUCCCCUGCCCUCACUAACACCAGCAGCAAGGAAUACAAAGCACUUGAAAAAAGAAUUUUAAAUGCGUGUGGUAACAUAUACAGAACAAAAUAUCCCAACACAUUUUCCCACUGCCUUUUGAAAGAAUUCCGUGCCUCAAAUGUAACACGAGUUACUGAAACUCAGGCGACUUUCAUAGCUGUGUUCCAUGGGAAUACUUCUCAUGCAGAACUCCCAAUGAAUUCUGUUGUUAUUAAAGACUUCGUACUAGCUGUCAAUAAUUCCAACAAUGCCUUCAACUUGAGCAUAAAUCCCAACUCAGUGAAGAUAUUAGAAAGUCCAGUGACAGAUCCAACUACAGCUCCCACGCCUAGACCUGAAGCACCCAACACUGCUGCACCCAUAACUGAAGCACUCGUUAUAAAAAGGGUUAUAUUCAGGUCCCUUCUCACCGACUUUACAAGUGACUUGCUGAAUCCAUCAUCUACAGCUUAUAUAAAUCGGGCAGCGAAGAUUAAAGAACAGCUUAUACCUGUUUUUCAAAGGGAAUUCCCUUCAUUCAAGUUCUUGGAAGUGAAUUCAUUCAGUAAUGGAUCGAUCGUCAACAACAUGGACCUCAGCUUUUCAAGCACAUCUGUUCCUAAUAACAAUCAGAUAGCGCAGGUCUUAAUGAGCGCAGCUGCAAGCGUCAUCGGCUUCGACAUUGAAGGCAGCUUGCUCGACCUGAAUGGCAUUUAUUCAAGUGGAGUGAGCCAUUACAUCAGUCCGAUCACUGCAUCCUUCCUUGUACUGUUGUCAUGGCUACUGUCCAGCCAAUGGCCGUAGUGCCACUCAUUUGAGAAAGGACUCCGGUGUCUUUCGUGAUUUACAGAUUUGGGUAACACGUGCAAUGAAAUUAAUGUUAAUCCUCCAUUCAAAUAGCACAAUAAUAAUAGGCAUAACAAUAUAACAUUGGGAUGUAAGGCAACAAUUGCACUAAUACUAAUUCCUCUUGCUCCAGUAAGCACUUUCCUUUGGCAUUAUUUUUCGUAGUGAAGGUUAUUUAAAUGCUAUGUUUUAGUUUUGGAAGUAACAAAUGCAGCUCCUUGUGGGCUACACUUUCCAACUCAGAACAAAUGCAUACUGUGUUAUAAUCUUAAUCUUUGGAUGUCAUAGCAAUGCACUGUUAAUGUUCUUAUUUAUACACACUAUUUAUUUAUAUAAUCAUG